UUUCUUUCUCUUUAGGGUCCUGCUGGUCUUAAAGGAGACAAGGGGGACCCUGGAGACCCGGGACCGCGGAUGGUCUUCCCUAAGAUCAAUCACGGCUUUCUUUCCGCUGAUCAGCAGCUCAUUAACCGACGGCUCAUUAAGGGUGAUCAGGGGCAGGCUGGUCCCCCAGGCCCCCCCGGCCCUCCAGGCCCCCCCGGACCCCGGGGCCCCCCAGGGGACACGGGCAAAGACGGCCCCAGGGGUCUGCCAGGACUGAUGGGAGAUCCGGGCGUGCCGGGGGAGAUCGGACCGUCGGGACCAGAAGGGCCCCAUGGAAGCAAGGGAGCGAUCGGCCCCCCAGGACUGCCUGGCGUUGAUGGACUGAAGGGUGAAAUGGGAGAACGGGGGGAGAAGGGUGACAUGGGAGAAGACGGGCCUAAAGGAGAGCUGGGGGAGAAGGGGGAUGCAGGCUCGUCAGCUGCUGGGAUCAAGGGCGAGCCAGGACUGCCAGGGAAAGAGGGACGUAAGGGAGAACCAGGACUUCCUGGGCUGCCUGGACUUCCUGGAAUUAAGGGGGAGCCUGGAUACAUGGGACCUCAAGGAGAUCCUGGUCUACCAGGGCUACCUGGAACCAAGGGGGAGCGGGGUGACCAGGGCCCCCCAGGGAAGGGCGCCCGAGGAGAGACCGGUCCCAUGGGACAGAAGGGAGCACAAGGCGAGUCUGGGACCCCAGGCUUCAAAGGGUCAAAGGGCGACCCCGGGGAGACUGGUUCGACCGGACCCAGGGGCCCCCCGGGACCGAAGGGCGAUCAGGGCGCCACAGAGAUUAUAGACUACAGCGGGAACAUCCAGGAUGCACUGCAGAAGAUAUCCACUAUUACAGUGACGGGUCCACCUGGACCACCUGGGCCAAUAGGACCACAGGGACUGAAGGGGGAGCGAGGAGCGUCUGGUUUUCCUGGACUCGACGGUGAGAGAGGCAUGAAAGGGUCAAAAGGAGAUGCAGGCACCCCGGGACUGGCUGGAGAGAAGGGUUCCCUGGGACUACCUGGAUUACCUGGUGUGAACGGCUUCAAAGGUGACAAGGGUGACACCGGGUUGUCCGGCGCUCAGGGACCGUCAAUUGUUGGCCCUCCCGGGGCUCCUGGCCCCCAUGGCCCCCCAGGACCCAUGGGGCCCAAUGGGAUUCCUGGACCCAAGGGAGAUUUGGGGGCGCACGGGCUGAAAGGGUCGCGUGGAGAGCCGGGGCACAAAGGUGACCGAGGACCCCUGGGACUCCCCGGGGCGUCAGGGUUGGAUGGCAAGCCCGGAGUCAGGGGAGUGGAUGGGCCUGCUGGCCUCCCUGGACCCGCCGGUCCCAAAGGAGACCAAGGUGAAAAGGGUCCUGAUGGUGAGCCCGGAUCCCAGGGACCACAAGGACUUCCUGGUUCUGCUGGCACACCUGGAUCAGAUGUGAGUGGUAUCCCAGGUUUACGGGGGGAGAAAGGGGACCCUGGUGAGAGAGGAGAAAAGGGGGAGAAGGGGAAGAAGGGGAAAAAGGGGCCUAAGGGGGAGAAAGGCGAACAGGGUGCCCCUGGAUUAGAUGCCCCCUGCCCGUUGGGUCCAGAUGGUCUGCCGAUGCCAGGCUGUUGGCAGAAGUGAUCACUCUUAAUACCCAAAGCAUGGAGUUUUUGUACAUAAUGCUUCAUUUUAUUUUGUAUUUGUAUUUAUAGUUUUGUUUUGUUUUUAAAAUGAAAAUGUAGAUGUACACAAAGCUGUGUAACUGUGUUAAGUCGUCUCCCAUAACAAAUGUGUGCAAAUUUCACGUCCGCAUCGUGGAGCUUAUUGACCGAUAACUGAGGUCUCAUGGGGCAUGGUGUCGUGGCCUAGCUUGCUUGCAUGGACAAAGAGGUCAAAGGGCACUUUGGUGGUGACAUGGCCAAAGCAGAGACUCAUGGGAAAGUGAGUUCUUUAUGGAGGCGGGACCAGACUCACUGUAACGGGAGGUGAUUGCUGUUGGUUCAUCUCAAGUUCAUCGUCCAUCCAUGCCACAGCACCAACUCAAAUGACUAAAAUGUUCAUUCUUUAAAAAAAAAAAAUAUGCUAAAUGCAAAACAAACAAAAAAAUGAAGAAAAAAAAAAAACGCAUGGGUGUUGUGUCCAACAAGGAAUAUAUGUGAACGGAUUAUAAUGUCUCUUUGUGGUGUGCUCAAACACGCGGCUUCCUCAAACACUAACUUGCUGCUCAUUGCAACUUACCGCAAAAACAAAAUGGAUGGAAAAAAAAACAAACAAAGCAGAGCACUGAUUGGCUGUCCUCUUUCUUUCGUCAUCUCCAAAGGGAAUCACGCCAUGGCUGGUGGUUUGACAAAAAAAAAAAAAAAAAAAACGAAACAAAAGCCAAUUCCCAGAAAGCGGUGAUGAGUAUUUUUGGUUUCUUUAUCGCGGCGCGGCGCCCAGCAGCUCGAGCUUCCUGGCAUCCCGCCAUGAACUCUGUCUCCGGGGCCAUGCUGUAAGCACAGCGGCCCUCGCAGGAAGUUGCCUGGGGCCCUCACAGGAAGUUGUGUGGGGUCUGCCUGCAGGGCACAACAGCUCGGAGAGGCCCUGGACAGGACAGACAGACAGAUGUGUGUUUUGAGAGAGAGAGAGAGUGCACUCCAGGCCCCACUGUUGGCUCCCGACAGCUCGGGGGGGGGGGGGGGGCAUUUUCGGUUGUUGUGGACAAGGGAAAUGGAGGAGAAGAGCGUGGGCUUGGAAACCGUUUCAGAAGGUGCUUGGGAGAGAGGGAGAUGGAACUUCUAAAGCAGCCAAUCAGAGCUGCUGAUGGAACCAUCAUGACUUUAAUCUUUUUUUUUUUUUUUUCACCAUUCAUACGUAAUGUCCUUAGGUGCCUCACUUUGGUAAUUAUUUUUUGGCAACCGUGACUUUUCUAUCAUGCUCUGAAAAAAAGGUUUUUUAUUUUUGAUGAAUGGAAUGCUUGCUAUGUACCAUGCAGUAUUGUUCAUUUUAUUGUCUUAUAUCAAUUUUCAUGUAUAUUAUGUUGUUGAAAUUUUAAUGGUAACCUGACACAAAACUAUAUUUUGUGCUGCAAACAUACAUGCUGAUGUGGACUUGAAUAUAUCUGUGAAGAAGCAUUAAACAUUUUACAAUUACUGAAAA